ACAGACAUUUUGACGAAAACAAAAUUUAGUUCAUAAAUCAGAAAAACCAACUAGUUGAGCAAAAUUGGGAAAAGGGAUUUCCAAGGGGUCCUCUUCCACAUCUCUAAUCUCAUCAUCAUCCUCUCUUUGAAUAUCUGUGCACGGAUAGGAAAGUAGUGUUCAGUGCUCCAGACGCGAAGAGAGUCGUAGCUUUAGGAUUUGAGGUUUUGACUUGCCAAAGGUGAAAUUUAUUUAUUUCUUUAUUUAUUUUCUGUUUUCCGGCUGCUGCUCUGGUGAUGGGUGAUGAGAAAUCGGCGAUCGUUAUGGCGACUCGGGAGAGGGACAGAGAUAGAGAUCGGGAACUUCUCAUUCCAGUCGCUGAUUCUGUCGACGAUGCCUCCUCUAGACCCUCAUCUUCUUCAUCUUCUCAUCAUACUGGCCGCGAGACAUUUUACAAGGUUGUCAGAAGCUGGGCAUCAAAAAAGUUUAUGACUGGAUGUGUCAUCCUAUUUCCCAUAGCAAUCACUUUCUAUAUAACGUGGUGGUUUAUUCACUUUGUGGAUGGCUUUUUCUCGCCAAUCUAUGCUCAACUUGGAAUUGAAAUCUUUGGUCUUGGAUUUGUAACUUCUAUAACCUUCAUCUUCUUGGUUGGGGUGUUUAUGUCAUCAUGGCUGGGGGCUUCUGUCCUGAGCCUAGGGGAGUGGUUUAUUAAACGAAUGCCAUUUGUCCGUCAUAUCUAUAAUGCAUCUAAACAAAUAAGUGCUGCCAUAUCACCAGGUUUGUUUCUGCAUGGCUUCCCCCCUUUAUUUUGGUGAUGAUUUUUUUAUGGUGACCCAUCCAUCUGCUUGUUUUCAUUUAAUUUUUUUUUUUCAUUUCAGAACUACUCUGGUGAGGAGGAGCUAUGCUGUGUCUAUGUUCCCACUAAUCAUCUUUACAUUGGUGACAUAUUUCUUAUUAACACUAGUGAUGUUAUCAGACCCAACCUUUCAGUCCGAGAAGGAAUAGAAAUUGUUGUGUCUGGGGGUAUGUCGAUGCCACAAAUCCUGGCAACACUGGACUCACGCCUGACAGUUGAUAGCAGACUUAACAGAAGCUGAGCACGAAGAAGGUAGUUGUAGAGUUUGUUUAUUUAUUUAUUUUUUUUUUCACCUUUUGGUUUCCGAUUGAGUUAUAUGAAUUGCCAGAGUGGGAAGAGAAGAUUUUAGAAGUUUUGAAUCCUCUUGGCAUAUGUAACAUUUAUUCCCGUGUAGAAAGUAGAAUCUAGUAUUUGUUUGUUUGAUCAAUACACACAAAAAUAGGCUGUUUGGAACUAUUAGUGACUAUGUUUUUGCUACCGCUACUAUAACGGGGAAUCACCUUCAGCACUGA